UAUAUAUAUUUUUACGUUAUGAAUACUUUCGCCUAUGUAAGUGCUUCUGUGAAUUAUUAAGUUGUUCAACAGUUUUUUUUUUUAUCUUUGUAAAUCGUAAUUAGAAUGAACGAAGAAACUGUAUGGCAAGAAUUGUCAGAAAUACUUGCUGAUCCUCCAGAAACAAGGAAUAAGUGUUCGCAGUGCAAGAGACCAGUACCAGUAUGUUGGUGUCCUGGAUUACCAAAGCAUCCUGUACGCCCUGCAUCAAAAAUAAUAAUUUUACAGCAUCCAGCUGAAGUAAAACGUUGUUUACGAACUGCACCUAUGCUUGCACUUGGUUUAGAAUCUGGAAAAUGUGUAAUUUACCGAGGAAAAAAGUUUCCACUUUCAAAACAUGAAGGCUUAACAGAAAUUUUAAAUGAUAAAGAUACUAUAUUAUUAUAUCCAUCUCCAAGUGCUGUAGCACUUGAUAAAUUAAAUCCUGUUGGUAUUAAUGGACAAAAACCAUAUAAUCUCAUUUUAUUAGAUGGAACUUGGCCACAGGCAAAGGCAAUAUAUCAUUCAAGUCCAGCGCUGUGCGUUUUAAGGACAUGUAAAUUAGUUGGAAUUCCAAUAAGUGAAUAUGUUAUUAGAACACAACCAACCGAAGGUUGCUUGUCUACACUUGAAACUGGUGCAUUUGCACUUUCCAUUUUAGAAGGUGAUCCAGAACUGAAAAAUAAAAUGCUCGGACCUUUACAUUACCUUUGCAGAUUUCAACUAGAAAAUGGUGCUGUUACUCAUCAAAGCAAAGAAUUUUUAAUUAAACAAAAAACUUAUCCAAAACUAAUAGGACGAAGAUUGGCCAAACAGUUACGUAUGCUGCCAGAGGAAUCUACGUAAUAUUUUUUAUCUAAUUGGAAAGAUGUUUUAAUAAAUAUGUAAUUUUUAUAAGCAUAUU